AUGUCUUCUAAAGUUGUAAUCUACGGUGGAACGGGUCAAUUAGGAACCGCUGUAAUUUCCCAUUUCAAGAUACAUAAUUGGGAAGUAACAUCAAUAGGAACUCGACCAAAUGCAGAAGCCAAUCAUAAUAUUGUUGUUUCAGCUAACGACUCAUUAGAAGUUCAAGGUGAAAAAGUUUUAAAUCAAGCAAAGGAACAAUUAAAAGGUGGAGAAAAAUAUGAUGCAAUUUUAAAUGUUGCUGCAGCUCAUCAUUUGAAAGAAGAAGGAGUCUUAUCAUUGACAUCAGCUGCGGGAGCUGCGAAUCAUAAUGCUACACCCGCAAAAGCUGGAGUGAUUCAAUUAGUUAAAAGUUUAUCAGAAAAAGGAAGUGGUUUGCCAAAGAAUGUUAAAGUCACUGCCAUUUUACCUGGAACCAUAGAUACCGCAGAUAAUCGACAAAAUUUUCCUAAAGCUGAUUUUUCUAAUUUCAUUCCACUUGAUAAAUUGACGAAUGUUAAAGUAGAUCAUGGAAAGAUAGUAGAAAUUGUCACUAAGAAAGGUGUAACUACGUUUACUACUUUAAAAGGUGAUAACGAUGGUGAUGGUAAAAGCAAUUAG